GGCAAAUAUUUAUUCACAUUUACUUACUCGUAUCAGAUAGUCGAACGAGGAAACAGUCUAUUGUUAUCAUCGAUGUGUCGGAGGGAUCGAUGAUAACGAAUCUACUAGUUGGACAUUUAUUCCGACGACUGUGCUCGUGAUUUCACAGUGUCGCUUGUUACGUGUCGGUGUUCAUAAAUUUACAAAAUGUCAUCUCCACCAAAAGUUUCGUUCUACGUUGGGUGCAUGAAUACGAUCAACACCCUCGCUCAUUUAUUGAUGGGUGGAGCACUUUUCCUCACAUUUGCAUUAAUAGAUAGUGAAGAGUCUGCGAGGCUUCAAGCUCACGCCUGUACAACUGUUAUUGGGAUCACAAUCCUUUGCAGUCAAGCGAUAUUAUCAGUUAACCCUUAUGUUGGAUUUGAAGACAACUUUAUGUACCCCCACAAGUCGAAAUUGUAUUGGAUCAUUCAAAUACUUGGCUCUGGGCUCGUAGUAUGCGGAGCUUGUGCUGGUGUAGCCUAUGUUUUUGAAAGAUCUGCCAAUAAUCCUUGGCCGUUUCCUACUCCCAAUCCACUUGGAUUUAUUGGACACUUGCAAAAUGCUCAUACAAUCGUGGGUUUCUUAGUCCUACUCUUGGGUUCCGUGAGUUUGGUUGGAGCUAUUGCAAACUUAAUGUUGGAAGAAAAAUUGAAAAGUUUUAUGAAGAGUUUGUAUGUUAUUGUAGGAACCCUGACUAUAGUAAUGGCCUACAUAGCUCUCAGUAUUAAGUUUGGCGAUAUUAAAAAGAUAUUUGCUGCGGCAGGUAUCACUUCUUCGACAUUGCCAUUAGGUAUAAGUUUUGCUGUCCUAUCGUGUGGUGCAUUGUUGGUCAUGAUGUGCGCUCGAGUUAUUGUAACAGGUAGUAUUAGGUUUUAACUUAGUAUAGCUAUUUUCAUAAUAAAAGACAGCAUUAUUGUCUUCUUAGUGAUAACUCUAGGAUAUCGGAUCCGUUUCGCAUUUGUGUAGAAAAUGGAAUACUAGUUUCAAUUAUUCAAUCAUACGCCAUACGAUUUAAAGUUAAAAUUUAAAUGACAAGUGAAUUAGUAGGUUGGAACUGUGCUUGUUAAGUGUGCUAUAUCUUUAAUGGUGGCCUGACGUCACUACACCAUGCACGCAGCUCCUGAAUAUGGGCCCUUGUGUGACUUGAAACGGGUAGAGUUUUUCUCGAAUGAUUCACGUUAGGGACCUGUAUACAAUUGAUUAACUGGCAUAUUUGUGUAUUUUUAUGAAUAUAUAAAAUAUUGUCCCUUAUUAUUUUUUUUAUCGUUUUCCAUUACCGUUCUAUAAAAAAUAGUUAGGCUAAUGGGAUCGAACACAGGUUUAUUAAAUAUCUAGGCCUAGGUAUUUACGUUUCUUAUAAGUUUAUUUAAGUUGUUUGAUAAUAAACAUUUUAAUAUUAAAAUUAUUUUAUAAAA